AUGAUUGUGUAUAAAUGCAAGUAUAUAUUAGUUAAAAUUCAAGAUUGGAGUAAGUACUGUCAGCAAACCAGGACAAGAGAAAAAUUAUCUUCAAACUUUUACAGCAAGCACUAGAAAAACAAUCACAGUUAUUCUAAAUAUUGAAUUAGGAGAAGUUAAUUUUUAUUUAAAUGGAAAUCAUAAUUAAAAAAAAAACACUUCCUAUUGAAAAAAAUGCUGCAUAAGUUCCUUUAGUAUAAUUUGCAGCACAUGGAAAGGUUGCAGCUUUAAACCCAUUAGCAUAACAUCCAAAUUUAAAUUAUCCAAGAACCUCUCAAUUUAUUUACAUAAAAAAAUGA